CUUUUCUUUUCAGUGAUAUAAACUUUGCAGGGCUACUAUAAAUACAAAGAUAAACAGCAAUAAAACUUUAAAACAUCUGGUCUGAGGCCGUCUCACUUGUACUUCUCAUUCUGUGAUCGGCUGUCACUGCGGUGGCUUGCGUUUUCGUUUAUUUAUAGCGUUUUGUGCAUUAUCUACGCCAUAUUUUGUAUAAAAACAAAAUGCCGAAAGUAGUUUUCUACUAUUUCCCCUUUAAGGCUUUGGGCGAAAGUGCUCGUCUGCUGCUCACAUAUGGCGGCCAGGAGUUCGAUGAUCGCCGCAUCUCUAUGGAAGAGUGGCCGGCUAUCAAGCCGUCGAUGCCAUUUGGCCAAAUGCCGGUACUGGAGAUCGAUGGCAAGCAAUACGCGCAGAGUCUGGCCAUCUCUCGUUACCUCGGACGCAAGUAUGGACUUAACGGCAAGGACAUCGAAGAGGCAUUCGAGAUCGAUCAGAACGUGGAUUUCCUGAAUGACAUUCGUGAAAAAGCGGCAACAGUACAGUACGAGGCUGACAAGGUUUUAAAGGAAAAGAAACACGAAGAUUACUCAAAGAACGUGUACCCAGCAAUGUUGGACAAACUCGAUGAGAUUAUCAAGAAGAACAAUGGACACAUCGCUGCAGGAAAGCUCACAUGGGCCGAUUUCGUGUUCGCCGGUUUAUUCGAUUACCUCAAGUCGAUGCUUCGUAUUCCCGAUCUGGAGAAGAAGUACCCAAGCUACCAGCAAGUCAUCGACAAUGUUUACGCCAUCCCUAAAAUAGCAGCCUAUAAGGAAAAAGCGCCAAAGUCCGCUGAUUAAACAUUUGCGACAUUAUCUGUCUGUAAUGUUUAUAAUUUUGCCCUUUUAGUCAGUCAUUUUUGGAUCAUAGUGUGAAUUAUUGUGAUCCACGAGUGAUUUUGACAUUAAAUAAGGUAUAAUACUUUAUAAAAUAAAACAA